CUUUAGUAAACAUGAACAAGAAAUUAGGAAUGAAGCAAGGCAAUAUUCUAAAAAUUUUGCAGAGUAUAAACCAAAGUAACCUUGAAAGCUCUAAAAUCCUAAGUAAGUCAAGACUUGAAGCUAAAAGAGCUUGAACUCAAACAAGGAGGAAGAAUAGGAAACAAUUACGACCUAAUGAUACAAGGUCUAGUUAUUUGUCUGUUAGUAAGGAUCCUCUUAGUAGUCCAAAAGAGGUACCCAAAGGAGGGAGCUUUCAGAUAAAUCUGCCUAACCCUUCAUGCUCCUUCCAGAGGAGUUUUUGGAAGAAAGAUAAUAAUGUCUUCUGUUCUGUUAGCCAGUGGUCACAUCCUUCCAGUACUGCUACUCUCCAAGAGGAGCAUAAUUGGGGGAAAUGGAGAACAGAAGAGGAGUUUCGGGGUAAUACUCUGAAAGAAAUUAUUCCUCCUCCACCUACUGUGGAAGAGAGGGUCAAUAUCGAAAUGAGAUGUUCAGGGAAGGAAGUUAUCCAAUCACCUAAAAAGAAGAGGAAAAACACUCUUGACCAAGAAAGCCCUCAGAUAGAUUCAGAUAAACCUAAUGGUAGUAAAAACUUAUGUAAAUCUCGAGGAAGUUCUCCUGUAAAAUCGGAAGGUUUACUUGCUUCAAAAUAAUGAAAUAAUGAAUUCUUCAAAGCAAACUAGUAAAAUUGAGCUUAUAUCUGACUGUAAUGAGUCUAAAUAAUUCCCUGGAAAGAGAUAGAACAACCCAUCUGAAGAGAAUGACAAAGAUGAUAAGUUUCAAUCUUAGUGAACUUGAAGAGCAAGAGAAUAAAGAAAAUGAGAGCCAAGAAAUUCCGAAAUUAGUAACUUCUCAAGAUAAUUCUCCAUUUAAGAAUGCUUCAUAUAUGGAGGAGAGAAGUAAGCCUUCUAUCAAAAUUAAAACUGAAUUUGACAAUUUUGAUAGUGCUGAGGCUGACCUGGAUACAAAUGGAUAUGUCAGAAACAAACUUCCUCGGCUCAAACAAAGCAAGAGUAUCGAGAGGCUUAAUACCCCAAGAUCAUUAAAGAAUAAUCUGAUAAUGACUCAAAAUUUCAAACUGAUUGGUGCAGCUUUUUCAAAGUCACUAAAGACCAAAGUCAAUAGACCUAUGGUCAGACAUCGGAAUCACUUUUUAGAGACUUUUACAAAGAAGAGGUCUGGAAUAUCUCUCAGUCUUGCAAACACAACCCAGCAGCCAGAGCAAAGCAGUAAUAAGCUCUUCCAUAGGCACCUAUCCCCAAGCUUGAGGAAGAACUUUGAAACUUUCGUAGAACAGAACAAAAAGAAGCGAAUGAAAGUGACUGGAACACUUAAAAAGAUCCUCAGUAAUUCAGUGACUAGCCAACACAACCAGAAGAGUUUUAAAAAUCUCCAUAGCCUCAUGAACCUCCAAAGUAAGAUCACUGAGUCUGAAGAAGAUGAAGAAAUUAAGAAGAGAAUUAAAUAAGAAUCAGCACUUGUUAAGAUUCCGGAGGGAAAUCAGGGAGAUUUAUGCCACCAAGAAAGAGCUACUGGACGUGUCAAUGCCGGCCUACCCUCAGUAUUUAGGAUAUUUCUUCAGAAAAUGAUACUGGGAUCAUAGUCUUGAUCAGCAACAAGAGGAAAGCACAUCCUGUGUUUCAGAAAUGUUUCAAAAUGAUGGAGAAUAUAAGGCAUUUGAAAAAUGCCCAAUAAGUGUAAACAAAAGCGAGCCUGAUUUGAGAGGAAGAAUCUCAUGGGAUUUAGAUGUUCCUUUACUCCCUUCUUUAUCUAAAGAAUGGGAAAAAAUCCAUCAAGAUCAUUUGAUUGAAAGUUUGCAAAGCUAUCAAUAUCUAAAUGACUUGAGAACUCCUGAGGAAGCUCCAAAAAUCUGAAAGGAUGAUUAUAUCACACCUAUACCAGGAAAGAAGUUGCUGGUCUUUGAUAUGGAUGAAACCUUAAUCCAUUGUAUCUCUGAUGCUGAGCCAGGUCAGAAAUGUGAUGUCAAGAUUCCAGUAAACUGCUUUGAUGAGAUAAACUACAAACAUAUCAACCUCAGACCUUAUGUAAGAGAGUGUCUUAAAGAGCUGACAUGAUGCUACCAAAUAAUUGUGUUUACAGCUUCAAUCCAGGAGUAUGCUGACCCAAUUUUGGAUUAUCUUGAUAAAGACAAACUAGACAAUGGCCAAGGGCUUAUUAAGAAGCGGUACUACAGACGACACUGAUACAAGACCAAAGAUAACUGCACUAUUAAAGGUAAUUUCCUGCCAGAAUCUCUAGAUCUUCGAAUUUUCGAACCGAUGGGAUACAACCUGAAGGAUGUAAUUUUAGUAGAUAAUGCUACCCAUUGCUUCGGAUUCCAGGUCACUAAUGGAAUCCCUAUGGUCCCAUUCUAUGACUCUUCAGAAGAUCGGGAAAUGAUUCAUUUACUGCAUUAUCUUCAAAAAAUUUCUAAAGCUCAUGAUGUCAGGCCAAUUUUGGAGAAGACCUUCCUUUUACCAAAAUUAAGGAAGAACACAAUAUUGGAAAGCAUCGAAGGAGUCAUUGAGCAGAGAGUUGAAGAAGUUGAUGAUGACUUCUUCCUUGAAAACCAGAUCCAUACCUUUGAAGAGGACAAAACGCUUUCUAGAGGUACUUCCUCUAGCUGAGGGCUAGAGGAGCAUUUCUCUGAAGGUGUUGGAGAGGGAAAAAUAAACACCUUGAUGAGGACUCUGCCAAAAUCACCUCCACUUAAUUCAUCUAUAGCCAAUCUUGAAUCUAAACAAAGCCAGAGUUCUGCCACAGGAGAUGAGAUGGUUAAUGACGAAUUUGAGAUUGUAGAGACAAUUGUUAUUGAGUGUUAA